UCUCAGGCCUUUAGACACUUGCCGUAGCUUUAAGAGGACACAGGCAUAAUUCCUUAGUCAGCAGUAUGAACUGAACUUCCUAUUUCUGAUGUGCCUUUGAGUUAUUGUUUUUUGAUCUGUGGUGCAGUUGGAUUGCUCUAUGUUUUCUAUGAUACUCAGAGCGUCUUAUAUAGCAUUCACAGCAUCUUGAUGGGUCAAUUUGGGAGAGCAACCUUUACUAAAAAAGAGUAUUACGGACAUAAAGAAACGAGGAAGGAAAAAACAAUUAUUGAAAUCUGCUGAGAGCUGAAUGUGUGAAGACAACAACUCGUGCAAUGAACGAAUGAUGAGAAACAUUUGAUGUCUUUCAUAGUUACAUUGAAACCAGCAUGUGUUCACGUGCCCUCAAACCAUUAGUUUAACGGUACGGAAGUGGCACUUUAGUCUCUCUAAAGAUGACAGAAAACCUGUACGAGACGAAUCAGUUCACCAACCACGCCAAUGGGACCUAUUUGUUCCAGCACAGCCCAAGCUCAUUGGGUGCACCUCACUAUGGUGUACCAAACGUGAGCUCGAUCCAGUCAUCUCCAGUGUCUCCUCGACUCAACCACGAACAGCUAACAUCUCCUGGCACUCCAGGACAUGAACUUUCUCCAUUGCUUGAGAUGCCGAACAGCGGCGGGACUUGGGAAUAUAAUCAGUUUGGAAGGACAUCAUCAUGGGGAUCUUCUUCUCUUGAAGAACUACCCGAAACCUCUCGAAUCUACCCGUUUAACAUCACGUCUCAAAAUAACUCAUCACUGACUUGCAAAGACAAUGGCAGUGCUUCUCAUCCUCAAAGGUUGGACUCGUUCUCAAAGGCCUUCUCUAUGCAAAACAUGCAACUUCUUUUUGAUGAUAGUAACAGGACAGAUGAUAAGCAUUUAGAAAAUCACAUUUCUGGGCUUUUGCACCUGCCUAAAAGUCUCCCAGAUGGAUCAGACAGACAACCUUUGGAAUCUCCAGUUUUUAACCAAAUGGUCAUUCAAGGUCAAUGCGAUCAGACCGGCUUCCAUCCUUCAGAAAGCCAAAACUCAUUGCACAGCCUUUACCAAAACCAGCAACAGUUUCACUAUGGAUACCAGCAACACAAACAGAAAUUAAACAACAUGGAGCAGGUAAACAGGAGCCUCCAAAAACCUCAGAGCUCUUGGUAUGGCUAUCAAAGCCACCCAAUGCAAUAUCCGAUGGCCUUGAAUCAACAACAAAAAGGGAUGUUUGCACAUAAAACUCACCUGGACUCUCAAGAAUCUGCUCAAUCGCCAACAUACGACCCCCGUCAAGAUUUCAAAAUCCCGGAGCAGCAGAUCUUCCAUUACCAAGACCAACAGAAUCUUCGUUCGCUUUCCCAACCCGGCAAUCCUUACCUCAUGCAAGAUAACGUGCAAUCAAUCCCUUCAAAACAAAACAACAUGUUUAGCGAUGCUCGUCACUCGGCACCCAACACACCCGUGUUCUCGAGUCCCAAAGAAGACCAAUCUGCUUUUAACUUCCCUCACCGAAUUGAAGACCUCUGCAGCCCGCUUUGCCAAAACAGGAGCUCAGGGGUCUGUAAAACUCUUCCACAGAUGACUAUGAGGGGGGAUAUUUUUCAUCAUCACACUGCACAUGCACCUCAGUGGUCACAGACUCCUUCGCCAGAUAUUCAAGAUGAAGCCAUUUCACCUCAUUUCAGAGCAGAACCUGGGUUUUUGAGAGAGGAUGGAUCGCAUGCAAAGAUGAGAUGCACCGUUUGUAACAGGGAGUUCAAAAGUCUCCCGGCUCUGAACGGUCACAUGCGCUCACAUGGAGGACUGCGGACACACCCCACAUCCCUCAAAAUGAGAGACGGACACAUUCAUCCGUCUGAAGCUGCUCAAAGCAACCCCAUCAUCUUACCUGUGUCAGUACCUGUCAAGGACUACCAGACCCCAACACAACUCAUGCUCAGCCUUCUGUGCCACCAGAAAGAUGAUGAACAAAAUGGUUUAAUUAAGACUGGUGCACAGUCACCCCUCCCGUCUGUACGAAACCACCCUUCCUGUAUAAAGAGAUCUGUUUCGGAUGGAGAAUGUGCACCAAAAGUGGUGAAAAAGCGGUACCGUCGCUGUCUGGUCCCACUGAUGAUUCCUCCGGCCAGCACCAGUCAGGAGUCCAGAGGUGCCACACUCUUCCACAGUCAGCUCAGGACGGCGAGCAGCAUUGGGAACGGCACGCACUACACCCCUCCACCUAUGCUCAACCCUGUACGUCUGGGAUCAGGCCUCUUCAGCUCCAUCAAUGGAAAAGGCAAGAGCGUCUUUAUCAAGUCUGCUGCAGACGGAGCUCACUUAAAGGGAAAUAGAUGUAUUUUUUCUCAUUAUAAUAUGCAUUAUCCAACAGGUGAUAUGAAUGACUGUGGUGAGACUUCAAGAGAGAGAGCGAUUAAUGUAACACCUCGGAUUAACAUUGGCGAGGAAUUUCAAGCAAAGAUCCCAGACAUUAAGAGUCAAACCCUCACAGAGGAAGAUACCCAUAACGCUGUUCUUCUGUGGUUGCCCAACAAAGACCUGGAUACCGAUGUUAACCAGCAGAAAGUGGACAAUCUUCUGAAAAUGGCAUGCUCUAGUGUGCUGCCAGGCGGCGGAGCAAACACAGAAUAUGUCCUCCACUGUCUUUUUGAGUGCAGAGGAGAUAUUAUGAAUACACUUGAAAAGCUUCUCUUGCCAACAACGCUGAGAAACACAUACAGCCCCAAAACAGACUAUCAUUACGCAGGAUCAGACAGAUGGACGCUUCAGGAAAAACGGCAGCUGAACAAAGCCCUUUUAAUUCAUAACAAGGACUUCUAUUUUGUCCAGAAAAUGGUCAAGACAAAGUCAGUUUCUCAGUGUGUUGAGUACUAUUACACAUGGAAAAAGCGUUUGCGUUUGGGUACGAGAGUCAGCACAGCUCUGUCUGCACCUGUUCAAGACCUGCGGGGAGACUGGGCGAUAAACAACACCACAGAAACGAAAAAAGAAGCCGACAGCAAAACCAGGGAGACUGAAAUAUCAGAAAACUCAAGCACCGUGUUCGCCUGUGAAGUGUCAAACUCACAGAUGAAUGAAGAAACAUGGACCCAGAAUAAUCUCCGGCUGCUCUGUAGCUCUCCAGCCGAAAACAGAGCGUCCACGCUGACCCUGCCUUUGGGUUCGUCUUCUGUGAGAAGUUCUCCCUCCAACAGCACCACCAGCGGAGACACUGAUUCAGCCGUCAUCUUUCCCUGCACAGAGUGUGGAAAGGUGUUUUUGAAGGUGAAAAGUCGAAAUGCCCACAUGAAGACACAUCGCCAGCAUGAAGACACACAAAUGUGGCAGUUCUCCAGGGUUCCUGAGCAAGAUCAUGUGACUGUGACACCUGAAUGCCCUGUUACACCACUAAAACAACCCAUAAGCCUUCAUUCUUUAACAUGUGACAGGUCCACGGAGGUGAAAGCAUCCUUAAAUUACAUGUGCAGUGAGUCAAUGCAGGAAAUCAAUUGUCCUCUGAAGACACUUCCUUUCCUACAGAGUCCACUGGACUAUAUUCCAAGUUAGAAGAUGGAUAAAUUUAUUCCUUACUGUAGACUUGGCAGCUAUAUGUAUAUUAAAACACAUCUUUGCUUUAUUUAGUUGUAAAAAGAGUGUAAUGCGCUUUGCUUUACCUGCAUCUGAUAUCCUGUGUAUUAUAUGAUUUUGUAUCACAUUUCAUUUGUAAUAAAACAGC